CGUUGCUGUAUUGAAGAAGAGGAUAGUCCAAAUUGCUUGUUUUCCCGUUCAACAGAUGUCGGAAAUGGUCAUACACGUGUUGUUUGCACUUGCACCGAGUCGCAAUUUUGGUUUUGCCCUUUUAGUAUCCGUCCACAAAAAGACUCAUUAUAUACAAUCUAGCUGCGUUUGUUGUUGCUGGAGCUGUUUGUGCAAGCCAAACCAAGACUAGACGAACGACAUGGUUUGCUCCUUUCGCUGCUCGGUCAGUUCGGUGUCAUCGGCAUCUACCAAUGGAACAUGACGAUAGUCCAUGGGUUCUUCGGAUAGGGUUGGACCACCUUGGUCCUCGCGUCGAAAUCGCGAUGCCAGUGAGGCGUCAUUCGUCAAAUCUCCCACCAGCACUUGAUGAUUCAUGGAUUCUCUUCCAAUUCUCAAGUUCAAAUAAAGCACCGUUUCCAUGCUGAAUGCCAACAAAAGAAUUGAGUCAACAUCCAUACGACAUGUGUCAGAAAACAAAGAAAGAUGCAAAGAGGUUCCAAGUUCGGGUUUAUGAAUCGUAGUGCAAGAUUGUACAUAUUUCGCCGAAUACAGUAACCAAACCAAACAAAACCAAGCCAAACUUACAUGGCAUGCAAAGGAAACGCAAGAAACAUUGGGAUGAAGGUGACUACGACACCAACAAGCGAAAACAUGAUGUCCAUAAUAUCUCCAGUUACAAACAUGUUAUGGAGAAGACGAGCGAUCAAUUGGUUCAAGAACCAGAGACAAAACAAAGUGCAAAUAAGGUAACAUCUCGAUCCGACGGCUAGCUCCCACGAGCGUUUCACUCCUUUCAUCGAACUGUUAAAACCCUCCACCAUGAUUGCGGGACUCGCUAGAAUGGCUCCGAAAUAAAAGUAAACAACCCCCGCAAUAAAGGCGACAGUGAUAAGAACCGAAAGUGUGAUGGUGAAGGCAUUCGGAUAUGUGGUAGCGAAGUUCAUGGCGAUAAGUACCGGGAUCAAUGAUACAAACGAAGAUCCGUAGACUAUGAGACUUGCUCCGAGGAGUUGCCACUUUCUACUCCAUGCCUUUGUGAGGCAUUGAAGCCACUCAGGGCGUUGGCCGACAUAAAUUUCAGAGACGGCUUGCGUGAUUGCGCCUUGCCCAAUGACCGACGCUAAAUCGUACACCAGUAUCUGGACCCCGAAUGUGAGGACCAGCAAUGGGAUAUGGGUCGGAUGGAAGUCGGGAUUUUCUUCUUCUUGAAUAAAAACCGACGCAAGGAAGAUAGCCAUGGUCAAGUAUAUCACGAAGAAAGGAAUCAUGGCAACGACUGACACGGCCAUGAAAAGAUCGAAGCGGUCGAACAGUAAUCCAAAGGAUCUUCCGAAGGUCCCACCGAACGUGAGGUAUUCAAAGGGGUCAUCUAUGGCCAUCUUUCUCGUAUCUUAUUCAAAGGUUUCUCAGUCGAGUACAGUAUCGKGAUUGGUUGUUCAAGAAUAUGAAUGUCGUAUCGCAGUUGUUGUGCAUUGCGAAUUGUGUCUUGUUUCUUCGAAUGAACAGAUACGAGGUUUUUUCGCUAGAGRCAAGGCUGUACUCGCGUACCGUCACAUMACGUACGUACAAUACUACGUGGUAAGUACCAUAGCGGGCAAUUGGUUUGUAAAGUAACGGCACGCUACAAACCUGGUACCGGUACUAGGCAUCCAAAUGGAUCAAGAAUCAAGAAUUAAUUUUUUCCAAAAACAUCGAAAUCGAAGCAGACACUGUUUCUGGAGAGCACUUGCGCUCGCACGGCCGUAUUCAAUUGUUACGAAACUGAGGUGCCGUCAACCACGAGACAUCCAAUCUAACACGCAAUAGCUGCAUUUCAAUCGGUUGCAAUUAUCCAAAGCAAUAACACCUCAUACCUCGAGCACAAUGGCAGGUGAAAAACAGGACGCCUCUCUGGCGGGUAACAAGCGAGAUUCAACGGGGGAGACUGAAGGAGACAAGAGUGGAGCUGUUGGGGGUGACGAUCAAAACGAAUACGAACUAGAUCCGGAAAAACGCCGCGAGGCACGCAAGAUGAGACGCAUCAUGGCRAAUCGAAGGUCGGCAAGGGAGAGCCGYGAACGACGAAAGAAGCUUCUUACCGACCUCCAGGAUUCCGUAGAGAAUCUGACGACCGACAAUGCUGUGCUUACGAAAGAGAACUUUUCGCUUCGCAGAGAAUUAAUUACCUUGGUGGAACAGUCUGGAGGAGUUGCAUCGUUGAGUAUGAUUCCAAACAUUCAGGCAUCCCUCGAGAGCGCUCGGGCAUUCGCAAAUCUAGCCGAUCCAACCGCUGGUGUCAUCUCAGAUAACUGAGUUGAUUACGUACGGUACCAGUUACGGUACGGUACGAAUGAAUAUUCACACCGACUGUACGAGUACUCGUACGUAUGAGUUCGUACUACGAGAAUUGGCUGGCCAACGCAAAAUACUACGGUGCAAAAAUUAACUUUUUSACGUCUCCGCCCAAAUCGUGCAUUUUUUGGAGUUUCCAUGAUUUUCACUUGUGUAGACUGCAGUACAAAUCCUACACAAAAUAAGACUGAAAUACCAAA